ACUAAGAAGUUUGAAGCUUGAAAUUUAACUUUACAUGUUGUUUAACAAAUAAAAAAGAGAGAGAGAAAAAGGCAUAUCCUAAUGGGCUAAUGACAGACCGCAACGUGUCCGGGGGAAGAUUGAGAGAGAAGUAAUGAAAGGGAGAGUUUACCUUGAGACUGUCAGAAAAAUUUAUUUGAAUUCAUAUGCAUUGUCGACUCCAAUGUUCAAACAUUAAUGCGAGCAAUGCAAGAAGUAAAUAAGCAAAUAAAUGCACCUGAACGCAUCAACUAACCACAUAACCUUCUACCUGCAAAUAUUUACUACACUCUCUACCUCACUUCGUCUUUUAUAUGCAUCGUUUAGUCUUCUCAUGCAUUUUCAUCAACAAUAAUCCAUCAUCCUCCUUUUUCUCCCUUCUUAGUAAAACAUACGGAUAUGAACAUAAUGGAAAGAAGACUAGCUUCUCUCCUUCUAUGGACUCUCAUUGUUGGGUUGGUUUCUCAAAACAAGGCCAUCCCUUUGACGUCUGCGAGCAACGAAGAUCAGAAAACAUAUUACACUCCAGACCCACAUGCAGGAAGCCCCCCCUCAGGUUCACAAGGGAGUCCACCUUAUGGAACUCCACCACCUCGUGGUUCGGGAGGCAGCCAUGGAGGAAAACCACCCUCUCAUGGGCAUGGUGGUAAGAAACACAACCCAAAACCAGGGAAGUGCGGGAACCCACCACACACUCCUACUCCAUCGAAACCUCCUUCUGGUGGUGGUGGAUACUACAACCCUCCUACACAUGAUCCAACCCCAUCAACUCCAUCGAAGCCUCCUUCCGGUGAUGGCGGAUACCACAACCCUCCUACAUAUAAUCCAACCCCAUCGAAUCCUCCCUCUGGUGGUGGUGGGUACUACAGCCCUCCGACUCAUGAUCCCACUCCAACCCCAUUAACUCCUUCGAAUCCUCCUUCCGGUGGUGGGGGAUACUACAGCCCUCCCUCUUACGAUCCCACUCCAACUCCAUCAACUCCAUCAACUCCAACCCCAUCAACUCCAUCAACUCCAUCUACUCCUUCGGGUGGCGGAUACUACAGUCCUCCAUCUUACGAUCCCACUCCAACUCCAUCUACUCCAACUCCAUCAACUCCAACCCCAUCAACUCCAUCUACUCCUUCAGGUGGUGGAUACUACAGUCCUCCAACUAAUGAUCCCACUCCAACCCCAUCGACUCCAUCGACUCCUUCGGGUGGUGGUGGAUACUAUAGCCCUCCAACUUAUGAUCCUACUCCAACCCCAUCAACUCCGUCAACUCCUUCAGGUGGUGGUGGAUAUUAUAGCCCUCCAACUUAUGAUCCUACCCCAUCAACUCCAUCAACUCCUCCAUCAGGCGGUAGUGGAUACAGUAGCCCUCCAACUUUUGAUCCGACACCAUCAAUUCCAACAACUCCUCCUUCAGGUGGUAGUGGGUACUACAACCCUCCAACUUCUGGUACACCAUUCUACGGAACCCCACCAAUCACAUCAGCACCUCCUUUUGUUCCAGAUCCCAAUUCUCCCUUCACUGGCACAUGCAACUAUUGGAGGACGCACCCAGGAAUAAUAUGGGGGUUGUUAGGCUGGUGGGGAACAAUGGGCAGUGCUUUUGGUAUAACAAACGCUCCAGGCUUUGGAGCUACUCUCAGCAUACCACAAGCACUCUCAAACACACGAACUGAUGGCCUAGGAGCACUUUACCGAGAAGGAGCUGCGGCUUUCCUGAACUCCAUGGUGAACAACAGGUACCCCUUCACAACCAAUCAAGUCCGUGACAGUUUUGUAUCGGCACUAAGCUCAAACAAAGCAGCAGCAGCACAGGCCCAGGUUUUCCAGAUGGCUAACGAGGGUAGAUUCAAGCCUAGAACCUGAAGCAGAAUAAAUUUACCAUAUUUGUAAGUGCAUUAUGUCUAAGGUAGCAAGCCCUGCAGUUUCUGUUAAGUAUAUUACGUUUCUUCCGUGUCCUCCAUAUUAUAUUCCCUAGUGCUACAUUGAGAUGGAUAUCAUAUGUUACAUUUCAAUA